AUGGAGACGACGAAGAUUGGUUCACUCGAUAGAGUCGCUGAGCUCAAAGCUUUCGACGAGACAAAGACAGGUGUGAAAGGACUCGUCGACGCUGGAAUUUCAAAGAUCCCACGCAUCUUCCACCACUCAUCUGUCAAGUUAGCAAAUCCUAAACAGCUUCCCUCCGACUCGCCAGAGCUGCUCACAACGAUCCCUACGAUAGAUCUUGGAGGACGAGUCUUCGAGGACGCGACUACGCGCAAGGACGCCAUUGAAGGGAUUAGAGACGCAGCAGAGAAGUGGGGUUUCUUCCAGGUGAUAAACCAUGGCGUUUCACUCGAUCUUCUCGAGAAGAUGAAAGAUGGAGUUCGUGGAUUUCACGAGCAAUCCCCAGAAGCGAGGAAAGAAUUCUACAGUCGUGAUUUCAGCGGAGAGUUUAUAUAUUUAAGUAAUUUCGAUCUUUUUAGUUCUCCAGCUGCAAAUUGGAGAGACACUUUAUCUUCUUACAUGGCUCCAGAUCCUCCGAAACCACAGGACCUGCCAGCGAUUUGCAGGGAUGUUAUGUUGGAAUACUCAAAGCAAGUGUUAAGUUUAGGGGAAUUUCUGUUUGAGCUUUUAUCAGAAGCGCUAGGGUUAAACCGUAAUCACCUAAAUGCCAUGGAUUGCGCAAAAGGCUUGCUCAUGCUUGGCCACUACUACCCACCCUGUCCAGAGCCUGACCUAACUUUAGGCACAAGUCAGCAUUCCGACAACUCUUUCCUUACCGUCCUGCUUCCAGAUCAGAUCGAAGGGCUUCAAGUUUGUCGUGAAGGGUAUUGGUUCGAUGUUCCUCAUGUUCCCGGUGCACUCAUCAUCAACAUCGGAGACCUUCUUCAGCUUAUAACAAACGACAAGUUCAUCAGUUUGGAGCACAGAGUAUUGGCGAACAGAGCCACAAGAGCACGAGUCUCCGUCGCGUGUUUCUUCAGCACCGGCGUGAGACCGAAUCCUAGAAUGUACGGACCUAUUAGAGAGCUUGUGUCUGAAGAAAACCCUCCUAAGUACAGAGAGACCACCAUUAAAGACUACUCUGCUUACUUCAAUGCCAAAGGACUUGACGGAAUCUCUGCUUUGCUCCAUUUCAAAAUAUGA